AUGGUGAUGGGACGUGCAGACGAGGCGCAGGGCGAGGGAGAGAAGAAGGGCCCCCGUCCCAGUCAGCAAGCGCGCUCGUUCUCUCUGCAGUCUCCUCUCCCAGACACCCGCCGCUCUGCCGGUAGGAGCCCUCCGCGGCCGCGCCGGAUCACCCCGACCGGCCCUCCUUCCCAGUCCCCGCCAGCCCCGUCUGCCGCGCCACGAAUCUCUGUGCCCCAAUCUGGUCGCGUCCACCUUAUCAAGACGACCCUGAGCCGCACCCGCCCCCGCACCGCGGCUCCAGCGAGCGAGACCCCUGCGCCGACCGUGCCAGCAACCCCGCCGCGUCCCCGCCAUGGCCGCCACACACCCCGACCCCGCCCGCUCCCACGGACCGGUCCAUGGCCCAUCCUCGUCCGGUCUUCCAUCGCGCCCCAUCAGGCCUUCGCCCACCGCCUCCCACCCGCACAGGCGCGCGCGUCCUUUCUCCUCCCGUCGUCUGAUCCUGAUCCAUCGGCGCUGCGAACCCUUGACCACCCCCAUCCAAGCCCGCAAUCCACCUCACCCCCAUCCGAUCAGAUUCUUCCUCUUCGAUUCCAUCUGAUCCCACCCGUCAUCGCUUUUGCCUUUUCCGGCCUGGCCCCGUCCCUCCCUUCACUUCCCGCCUCACGACCUCCAUUCUAUUCUAUCCUAUCCUCCGCCGCACAUCCCGUCGUUGCCUCUCCACCGUACCCCCCUGCGCCCGUGCCUCAACAGCUCCCUCCCGCGACCCCAUCAGAUCCCGCUCCCGCGCCCUCGCCACCUGCCGCCGACCUCCCCCAUCUGUUCAUCGUGAUCCACUCCCCGAGCUAUCUGUCUUCGUCGGCGCGACCCGCCGCCACGAGGGCGAUGUACAAUCAAGGACCCCGAUCGCAACAGCGCCCGUGCUCCCAACCCGACCGCCAUACGCCGCCUGAUCCCAUCAUACAUACAUACAUACAUACAUACACAUGCCCUAUCCGUCCCAGGCUCCGUCCCAGACGCCCUAUCCAGGGUCUUGAUCCCUUCGUACAAAGUAACGUAUCCCCACCAUGCCUGCGCACCCGUGUGCCGGCGCCUACAUUUUGCACCCGCGCGCAGCGCCGCGCAUCACCCGCCCCUUCUCACUCACGCGAGCCGCUCGCCCAGGUGCGUUCUGCAUCGCUACAGACGCGAUUUCCACGACGGAGAUCCGCCAUCAUCAUCAUCAUCAUCAUCAUCAUCACCCUCCUCUUCGUCAUCAUCGUCGCCAUCACCAUCCGGUCGAUCAGCGUCGCCCACACGCUGGCAGGCCGCGACAGGCAUGCUCCUCGCUCGCGCACACACAGGCGGCCCGCCCCCGUCUACGCUAGCACCGUCGCGUCGCGUCGCGUCGCAAUGCACUCCACGCGAAAUGAAUUAGAGGGGAGCCUGCCUGCCUCAUACUUACGUGUGGCGCGCUGCCGCCCGCUUUCCAUUUCCCGCUUCCGCAUUCCACAUUCCACAUUCCGUGUUCCAUUUUCCGUUUCCAUUAUUCUCGCCGCCCGCUCGCGUCCCGUCACACAUCGCACGUCGUUGCGAUCGGCUCUUGUUUCUUUAAUGCCAUCAGCAGGGCAAGCCUCGCCCGUCUGCCCGUCCGCCCUCCCGUCCGCCCCCCGCUUGCUCGCUCGUCCGCUCGUCCGCGGAGCCGCUAGCGGCGUCUAA